AUUUCACUUAUUAUUAUAUUUUCACCAAUAAUUAUUAUUUCAUCUUUUAUUUUUACACGUUUACUUCAUCCCUUAGCUAUAGGGCUUAUAUUACUAAUUCAAACUGUAAUAAUCUGUGUUACAGCUGGUUUAUCAAUAAAUUCUUUUUGGUUUUCCUAUAUUUUAUUUAUUAUUUUCCUAGGAGCAAUAUUAGUUCUAUUUAUUUAUGUAGCAUCCUUAGCUUCUAAUGAAUCCUUUAGAUUUUCUACCUCUUUACUUUUAGUAUUUAUAAUAACAGCUUCAGUAAGAUUCCUAAUAGUAUUUAUAGAUCCUAUAUUAGUAAAUACUCCUCUUUCCCUACAACAAUCAUCACUGAUUAAUGACCAGUUUUCUUCAACCCCUAUAUUAUUAAGAUCUAUUUAUAAUUAUACUACUAUAAACCUCACUUUAUUUAUUGUAUUAUAUUUGUUAUUAACAUUAAUCGUAGUAGUAAAAAUUACUAACACUUUUUUUGGUCCUUUACGACUAUCCUCACCUAAUUAA